AAUGGCAUAUUUAGUUGUGAAUGUCCACUGAAUGUCCAAUGUAGUGUGAUUAACAAGGCUAUUGAAUACGGAUGUCCGAAUGUGCGAAUAUAAAACCAACUUACCCAAGUUCAGAUAUUUCUCAAAUUGCUCAGUAAGACCCAGCAGAAAUUUGCCAACAAUAAUUAUUUAAUACUUUAUUUUACUAUCAAGCAGUUGUGGGCAAAAGGGAAUGGUAAUCCUUGAAUAAAAACACAUUUAUUUGGACUUUUAUGCUUUAUUAAUGUAACAAUUUAUAUACAAAUAAAUGUCAAAAUGGGGCUCUGGGUUUCCUACUGGUCACAAAUGUGACCAUGGUCAUGUUUACAUGUAUUGUGAUCAGAUUUUAUAUGAAAAAGCAAUCUUAAUGAUACAAUAAAAAUAGACCAUUUAAAUAUAAAUAUUAGACAUGAUAGUUGUAUCUGUAUAGACUGUUUUUCAGAGGGACAAACUAAAAUUAAACAGCUCUAGUUGUGCGACUAUUUACACAAAAAUGUUCACAUGAAAUAAAGACAGUAUGCACUUUUAUGUAUAUUUUAUAACUCUGUAUAAAAUAAGCUACAUAAAAACAUUUUGGACCCUUCAAAAUCGAAAGUAAAUUUUGGUCACAAAUAUAUUACCAGACUAGUGACAUUAAAUCUGUUAGCAUUUGUUGUAGGUCAAAUAAAGUCAUACAAACGAGUAGGUGUCAUUUUUUUUCUUAAAGAAAAAAAAAGAAGUAUGUAGAUUUAAUUUGUUUAGUUGCCUAUUUCCUUAUUGUCAUGUCCUAAAUUUAGGGGCGUCAAUAUCUAGAGAAUGGGGAAUUCCCAAGCCCGUUGAUUCACCUUUUUAAAUAAAAAACAUAAAGAAGAUAUGCGUUUUAAUAUAGACUAUGUGACAGUGUAAUAAGGUAAACAUUCAGGUGAAACCCAGAUUUCUAGUAUUUCGCGCAUACUUGUCAGUGAAAUUAAGUUUUGAGGUCGUCUUUAAACUUUUAUCUCUGUAAUCUGCUCCUAACGUACGUUUCGAGACACGCCGUCUCGUGCAGCACGUAUCUGGGGAAGAACGACGACCGAGCUCGCGAGCUAGUGAAUGAAUCGCGCGUUCGGCUCAAUGUCAUUCAUUGAAGGAAUCCGCUCGGCCACCUUAAGCGCUCACUGCUGUGUUGUUACAUUGUAGCGGAAAGAAUGUCGGAAAGGGCCGAUGAUGACGUCAGGGGGGAGCAGCAGCAGCAGCGCAGAGCGGCCAGGCAGCUGAAGCAGCAGCCACAGUUCCAGCGGGGAGAAGCCUCCACAGCAAUGGCGACUGUUGCGGAGCGCAGAUCCCUGCCUAGUCCUGAAAUAAUGCUGGGACAGCCUUGGAGCAGCUGGGUCGAUGCUGUGAAACUCUACGGGAGCGACGGUACAGAAUUGGAAGAAAGUUUGAAAGAGUGCGGGAAAAAUCGCGAAGCCAUGAGACUCUGCAGAGACGACAUGCCCAUCUUUGGCCAAUGUCCUGCACAGGAUGACUUCUACCUGGUCAUGUGCAGCCACUGCAGUCAGGUAGUCAAACCCCAGGCCUUCCAAGCACACUACGAGAGAAGACACAGCUCCAGCAGCAAGCCCCCAUCCAGCUAUGCCGCCUCUGCUGCAUUCGCAAUCUCUCGAAAUAAGGGCAGCAUUGGGGGCGGAGUUGGGGGUGGGGCCGUCAGUGGAAGCACACUGGCACGCCCCUCCAGCACAAACAGCAGCAUCCCCACUAAAAUCUACAAACCAACCAAAGAGAAGCUGCCUCACAGGAAGCCUCACUUCCCCUACAGGGUGCUGCAAGAAGAGAGCCCAAGUCCUGCUGUCAAAGUAGAGAAGGUCCAUCUGAAGGUGGAAUCUUCAGCCAAACUCCCCCAUGUGCCCGCCUCUUCUUCCACAUCCUCCUCCUCGUCCUCCAAUACUGUGAGCACCUCUCCCCUGAAGUCAGGCCUUAACUUCCCCUCCAUACCAAAGGCUCCACAGCUGGCCCCUGGUCAGAUCCCCAAUGGAAAGGGACACCUCUCGUCUCAAGACAAGAAACCGGACAGCAGCAGUGCCAGUAGCAGAAGACACGUGUACAAGAGACAAGAGCGAGAGUUUAAUCCAGAUAUCCAUUGUGGGGUUAUGGAUAUGACCGCACAUAAGCCAUGCACAAGAUCCUUAACAUGCAAGACACAUUCCAUAAGCCAGAGGAGGGCGGUGCUUGGGCGGCGGCAACGCUUUGACACGCUGCUCGCUGAGCACAAGAGCAAAGCGCGCGACAAGGAGUUGCAGUUCAGGUUGGACCCCUCACACCCAGCACCCCCUCUCAGGGACCCUCACCCUCCCCCCUCCCGCCCCUCACAAGACCCUCACCUGGUCUCCCAUGGCAAUGGCACUGCUGAUGCCACCAAGCCUUUGCCCCUCAGCAAACCCAAACCUCAUAAUUCUGGGCUUCCACGACUCAACAACAGUAACUCUCACAGUGGAGGAGACCCAGCCAUGGCCCACGACCAGGCCCACCACUCUCACUCGGCCCCUGUUGGUACUGAGAGCAACCGCCUCUCCAGUGACGAGGGGGAGAAUGAAGAGAGGGAGGAAGCCACGGAGAAACUGGACUGCCAUUAUUCGGGUUACCACCCACGACCAGCUGCUUACUGCACUUUUGGAAGUCGAUUGUACGGUAGAGGAUGUUACGCAUUUGACCGGCGCUGGGAUCAAGUACGGUGUGCUCUCACCACCAUGCUGGACAAGCAUGUCAACUCACAAAUGUGGAAGAAAAUCCCUCUGGCGUUGGAGAACUCUGCAACAACACCAACAGCCUCUCACCGGACAAGCACAAAUUCCCAUUCUUCCUCAUCCUCCUCCAUAUCCGCAGGCUUUCUCAGCCUGUCUUCACCGCCGCCUUAUGAUAGCAAGCCGGUCCUGUCGUACGGCACCACCCUGAACGCCCGCUCUUCUCCGCAAGCCUCCGCAACCGAGCAGCCCGCCUACAGUGGCGCUUCUAGACAAGUGUCAGCCUCAUCACCCCAGAUGCCUUCAGCCCACUUGUCCUCGCUACCCUCGUUGGGCUCCAACCGACCCCUUAAAUCCCGAUCUGGUACAAAGUCCUUCAGGGCUCGGGAGCCAUCCUCCAGCCUAAGUAACUCUAUCGUCAAAGGUAGUAAUAAUAGCAGCGUUAGCGUCAGCGGAAGUGCGAGCGGUAGCCUCAGUUCGGGCAAGAAGCGGAAAAACAGUUCCUUGCUAACAUCCCAUAGCAAUUACACCUCUGAAUCUUCCUCAUCUUCAUCCUUUAAGAAGAACUGUGCAGUAAACGCGGGCAGUUUGGGCAGUGCCUACCACUCCUCACUCGCCUCCACCCCCUCUUCGUCUUCAUCGUCAUCAGCAUCGUCAUCAUCCCACAGUGGGGUGUACAGUGUGGGGGUAAACUGCACCCCAGGCAGGGCCAACUCUCUGAGCUUGAAGCAGGAGUCGACAGGUCGCGGCCCUCCUUCUGGCAGCCCUGCCGAGUCUAUUAAACGCAUGAGUGUGGUGAUGAACAGCAGCGACUCCACCCUCUCCCUCGGGCCAUUUGUUCACCAGAGCAGCGAUCAUCACACAGAUGCACGUCUAGAAGCCAAAAGGAGGAAGGGUUCGCCUGGCUCAAGUAGCCUCAACAGCACAGCAUCUGGAGCAGGAGGGGGAGGAGGACAAGGUCCUGGCAGGCCCAAAAUGGCCAAGUCUCCAUCAAUCAACAACAUCCACAGCAAGCACGCUCGCUCUAUACCUGGACCACCAGGGCUCCCUAACAAUUCACUCAUACAUCAGCCAAAGGCUCGUCCCUGACACCGGUGUGGAGGCUCUGAGCGUGCUGAGCAGUAGGCUGGACCCAGAGCUCCCUCAGCCCCCUCAUGCCACUCUGCACGAGGCCUUCUUUUUCUCUUACUCUUCCCACAAUCCUCAGGGUGGAAUGCACACUGGGUGGCCCAUUUGAUGUCCUUCGUGGGGAUUUCCUCCCAAAGCCAUGCAGGGGCACUCUCCUGGGAUAGGAUAAUAAGCCAGAGAGAUAUAGUUCUCCUGUCGGAGGUUAUAAUGAAUCUAUACAAUGCACCAUUGGGUACAACGCCUGCUGCGUAGAGCUACCCAGCCUGAGCACUUGCGCUGGGGUCUGAAGGUACAGAUUUGGGCUGGUACGUAGCCUCACCAACACUACCAAGCAUAGGAGGGAUGGGCAACGCGAACAAGAUGAGUUCCUUUACCGAUGUUUUUCGGUAUGUGUGGACAUAUGAGAAUACUGGAAACUGAAAUCCUACUCAGCCUUGGAGGAAGUGUACAGGAGAGGAACAUCCCUACAGUAGACACACAAUCAACUUAAGUUAAUCAUAACACAUGAUCUCUCACUGGAAGGCUGAAUAAGAUCGAGCUGCGCUCACUGCAGAUAGACAUGACAGGAGUGGAGUUUCAACAUGAGCAACCUAAACUUAAAGAUUAUGCAAACUAAACAUUUUUCCUAAACCAUAUUUCGUUUACAGGCUAGCAAAUGUAUAGCGAAGAGAACAAAAUACCAUUUAUCAUACCCAUUUUUCCAUUGUUUUUGGAAAGAAAGAAAAAACUAAUCAUGCUUAGAUUUAGAUUUUUGUUUUAUUUCAAGGGAAUUUUUUUAUGAACUUCAGCUGAAGGAGUUAUUUUGGUUAUUUUUUUACUGAAAAAUCCAACCCUGACUUGAACUCUUAACAUCCUGCAUUAGCUAAAGCACUUGAUUUUUUUUUUUUUCCCCACCACAUUCAUUUUAAUAAUUUCAGGAUUGUUAGUAGCCUAGCAUGUCUUUACUGAAUCUCUGAGCAACAGUUGUCUCUUGAAGCUCC